GUGACUGGUUUUUCUUAAUAACAGCAGAAGUGUUCAAUUUAGGGUUAGGGUUUGAAAAUCGACUGCGAUGUCUGGGUACGACACUCGCCACGAUGGCAAUGGCGAGAGCUACCGUUCUCACAGUAAAGAAGGUGAACGAGGCGGAUCGUCUCCUUACGAUGCGUUCGAGGAGCGAGAUUCGCAUCACAAGCACAAUUCUCGUGAAUUAGAUCGUGAGAAGUCAAGGACUAGAGAGCGAGAUCGAGAUAGGAACAAUCGCCAUCACAGGGACUACAAGGAUAGAAGUUUGAGGGAUGAUCGAGGAAGGGGCAAAUAUGAUAACUAUGAUCAUCAUCGAAGUCGUGAUAAUGACAGGCAUCAUGAUUAUAGUCGUGAUAGAGAGAGGAGACAGAGACAGAGAUCACGUUCCCGUUCAAAGGAUAGAUCUAGAAACCGAUCUAAAUCACGCUCUCGUUCCCGUUCUCGCUCAAAGAGAUAUUUUGUCUCCAGCAAACGGACCAGUGGUUUUGACAUGGCACCACCUGUCGCUGCAUUGCUGCCAGGUGCCGCUGUCCCAGGAGAACUGCCAGGUGUUCCUCAGAUGGUGCCAGGAAUGAUUCAAAACAUGUUUCCUUUUGGGGCAACACAGUUGGGUGCUCUUCCACUCAUGCCUGUCCAAGCUAUGACGCAGCAGGCUACAAGACAUGCACGUCGAGUAUAUGUUGGUGGCCUUCCUCCCCUGGCUAAUGAGCAGACUAUUGCGACAUUUUUUAGCCAAGUUAUGACAGCAAUUGGAGGAAAUUCAGCUGGUCCAGGUGAUGCAGUUGUCAAUGUGUACAUUAAUCAUGAAAAGAAGUUUGCAUUCGUGGAGAUGAGAAGUGUUGAAGAAGCAAGUAAUGCGAUGGCAUUGGAUGGGAUUAUGUUUGAGGGAGUUUCUGUGAGGGUAAGAAGACCUACAGACUACAACCCUUCUUUAGCUGCAGCACUUGGUCCUAGCCAGCCAAGUCCUCACCUUAACUUAGCUGCUGUUGGGCUCAUGCCAGGUGUAAUUGGUGGAGCAGAAGGACCUGACCGUAUCUUUGUAGGUGGAUUGCCAUACUACUUCACUGAAGAACAGAUACGAGAAUUGCUUGAGUCCUUUGGGCCCUUGCGUGGUUUUGAUCUUGUUAAGGAUAGAGACACAGGAAACUCUAAGGGAUAUGGUUUCUGUGUUUAUCAGGAUCCAGCUGUGACUGACAUUGCUUGUGCUGCGCUUAAUGGCUUGAAAAUGGGUGAUAAGACUCUUACAGUGCGUCGUGCCACAGUUGGCAGUGGACAAGCAAAAUCAGAGCAGGAUAAUAUAUUAGCUCAGGCACAACAGCAUAUAGCUAUACAGAAAAUUGCCUUGCAAGCUGGUGGUUUGAAUCUUCCGGGAGCAGGUAUGGCAUUCACAGGAAUUGCAGAGACUCCAACUAAAGUUUUAUGUUUGACUGAGGUGAUUAAUAUUGAUGAACUGAGGGAUGAUGAAGCGUAUGAAGAAAUAUUAGAGGACAUGAGAGAUGAAGGCGGGAAGUUUGGAGCCUUGGUGCAUGUCGUUAUUCCUCGUCCUAGUCCAAAUGGAGAUCUGAUCCCAGGUGUUGGGAAGGUGUUCUUGGAGUAUUCUGACACUGCUGGUUCUUCCAGUGCUAGGAAUGCACUCAGUGGGAGGAAAUUUGGUGGCAAUGUUGUGAGCGCCGUUUAUUAUCCAGAAGAUAAAUAUUAUGAUGGUGACUAUGGUGCAUAAGAAAAGUAUGCAUGCUUUCUUAUUUGUUCUGUCUUGUAUUCCCAAUGUAUAGUUAGUCCAAAAUUGUUCUGCAGAUGCUUCCGAGGAGUUAUUCUAGAAUGCUUAUAACUGAAAAAAAAGGGACUCCAUUUUCAUGUUAAAGGAGCCUUUUUUUAAUCGUUUUUCUCUUUCCUUUU